GGGAACUUUUGAACGGCUUUAUAAAAAGUAUUUUGAAAUUAUCUGUAAAACAAAGAAGUCAGUUGGUCCACAUUUUGACGAUUUAUCUAGAAAUCUGAUCUUUGAAAAAGUGAAAGGCAAGUGUGAACGAGAACAACCUAGAACAAGUAUCUUGGCCAAAUUAUACGACGCAAUAAAGCUUUUUGCAUAAAACACGCUACAAUAAUGAACAACAGACAAUCAUCACGUACCAGCCAAUUCAUCAGCAAUCAAGGUGGGAGUAACCAAUGUAGCAGCUAUCAGAGUAACAUUAGCAACCAAUCUGGCAACAGUCAAACUAGUACCAGCCAAAGUAUCAUUUAUCAAUCUGACGGCAAUCAAUAUAGCAGCAACCAAUAUUGCAGCAGUCAGUCUGGUAUCAGUUCAAAUGUCUGUUAUCAAUCCAACAGCAGCCAAUCUGGCAAUGAUGAAUUAUGCAGCGAUGAGUCUGGUGCUAGCCAAAAUAUCAUUUACCAAUCUGGCGACAGCCAAGGUAUAAUUUAUCAUUCCAGCGGAAGCCAUCCUGGUCGUAAAAGAGAAGGCAAGAAAGGAAAGGAUAAUAAGGGUGAGGGCAAAAAGGGGGUAGGCAAUAAAGGCAACAAAGGAGAAGGCAGCAAAAGUAAGGGCAACCAAGGCAACAACAAUCAAUCUGGGAGCAACCAGUCCAGCAACAAUCAACCUGCACCCAGUAUAGCAACAACCAAUCCAGCAGUAACCAAUCUGGCAACAACCAGUCUACUAGCAACCAAUUCAACAUCCAACAAAGCAGCAACAGUCAAGCUGGUGAUAAGCACCAGCAAUCUCGUGAAGAACCAUCGGUUGAAUCAGUAAACACUGGUGCUAAUUCCAAAGAACCGUCUACACAGGCUGGAGGCUUUAGUGUUAACAUUGGUGUAUAUUGCUACAUGACUGACGGCAAUAAGGAAGAUUGUAAUAAGCAAAAGGGCAACAAUCGAGAGGGCAAUGAAUGUAACAACUACCAAUCUGACAGCAACCAAUUCAGCAGCAAUCAAUUUUGCAGUAACCAGUCUAACAAUAACCAAUACAACAGUAAUCAAUCUAGCAACAACCAAUGCAGCAGCCAAUCUGGGAACAACAACCAGCAAUCCAGUAAAGAAUCAUCUAGCAGUCAGAGCAAUUCUAAAGAACAGUCUUCACUGGCUGAAAACGUUGGUGUUCAUAUCGUUGUAGCUUGCUACAACGACGGUAAGAUUGUAAACUCUGGUGUUAAUGUCACUGUGCUUCAAUAUGGCGACGGUGAUGGCGUGCAAUGUAACACUGGAGGAAACUACAACGUAAGUAACACCGAAAGCAGCUGUAGUUCUUCCACGGACAGUAACGACGCUUUCGGCAGCAAAACAAGCAGCGACCAGUGGAGCCAAUCUGAAUCAGAUAAUGAUGACUUCUAAACAUUUACAAUAUAACUACGGUUCACAACA